CCCAGGACACUAUUUAAGGCUGCACUGACAUCGAGGACCUUCAGUCUGACCGACACAGACCAACUUCUGAGAGAAGAGAUGGAGACCUUUCUUUCUUUUUUGCUCCUGAUUUGCUCUGUCUCUGCAGCUCAGCUCACUACAGAGCCUGACAGUGACAUUAAGGCACAUUUGCUGAAAACUGAAACAAAAGGAGAGGAAACAGCAAAAACUUCAAACAACCAACAAAGCUGCACACCUGACAUCCAUGCUGUGCUGAGGGAGAUGAGCGCAACACUGGCUGUACUGAAGUAUGAAAUAAGAGAUCUCCAAAGAGAGAACGAAGCAAAGGACAGCGAACUGGAGUUGCAAAAAAUUGAGCUGGACAAACUGAAGACAAAGCAGCAAGCUCUAACUGGAGAACUGGUGACCAUUAAAUCCAGAGCAAACAUCACAGAAAACCAUGUGGAGGCUCUGAGGAGAGACGGGGAAGUAAAGAAAGUGGCGUUUUCAGCCUCCGUGGUGGCUUCAGGAGAAAAAUACAUCGGACCAUUUAACACUCAAACAACUCUGGUCUUCAGAUAUGUUGUUACAAAUAUUGGAAAUGCCUACAACCAUAAUACAGGUUUUUUCACAGCACCAGUGAGAGGAGUCUACCACUUUGAGAUACAUGUUGGUGCACAUGGACAUGCCUCCAAACACUUCGCCGUCAGCCCGAGGCGUCCUCUCGAAGCAGCUUCGCCAGGAGCCCACCACACGCCCGUCCGAGGCGCGCCCACGGUUUUGUAG